AUGGUUGAGUUUUGUUGUGUGCAGAUUCUAACGAAGGAGCUCGAUAUUCUCGAAGAAAGUGCCGUAAUAGCUCGAGCGGCUAUUUUGGAAUCGGAGAAGAAAUACGAGGGUGAGAGGAAACAAAUAGAACAAUUGAAAGCUCUGUCGAGAGCUGCUGAAGAUGUUUGCCGAGUGGCACGAGCUAAGUUGGAGAGUGUGAGAAUAAAGCAUCGUCGGAGGAUAUCACUCCUUAGCGACUGCAUAGAGGAUACAAAGUUUAUAACCGGGGAUCCCGAGGAGCUUUCCGACUUCUGCAAGGAAUCUGUGGAAAAGUUUAUGAAAUUGUGGAACGAAGAUGAAGAAUUUCGCCGACAAUACGUCAGAAUGAACGAAGCAGAUAAAAUGAAGAGAAAUCAAGAAACGACUAUCGAAGAUGCAGUUUUGGAGACUGAAACAACGAACGCCGAGCCUCGGAAAUCUUACUUGUUUGUAUUUCCAAACUUAAUUAGUAAGUGGCGAAGGACAUUUUAUAGCUUGUUUGCCUUUGCAUUUUAGCUUGAGAGUAGAGACCAUUGUAAAUAAAGGG